UUUUAUUCUGUCCUGCCCCAAUGGGACGGCUGAAGAGUGAAGAGGAACCUUCCGCCAUCUCUUACAAUCUCGACGCCCUCCUCCCAUAUUGUAGCGCUUUCUAGUUUCGUUCCAUCGCAACCUCCUCCAAAUCUCUCUCUCCUUCUCUCUCCUUCUCUCUCAUGGCUUUUCUUCUUCCCUUCUCUAGCAUCGAUAUGGCGUCGUUGGAGACUCGAAGAAAUCUACAAGGUCUUUGUAUCAAGGAAAAAGCAGCAGUGAGGCCUCUUCGUAUCAAAGCUUCUUCUUACCGAUCUAAGCAUCUUCUCUUCUCUUCAUUCUCACCUUCGGCUGCCUCCGGAGAAGUCUCAAAGGUUGAGCAUGUAGAAGAGACUGAGUUGCAGGACGAAUCUGAAAAAGAACCUACUGUUGCUGAUGGCCUAGAUUAUGACAGCUCAAGUGAUGAAAGCAUUCCUUUUUCUGAGGAUAGGUUACCUUCAGCUGUAAUUGCUUCCUUGGAAUUUUACAAGGAAGCUUUGGCAAAUAAUGAUCAAUCCAAAGUUGCUGAACUAGAGACCUUCUUUCAGUCCAUUGAAGAUGAGAGGAACUCUCUUGAGGACAAAGUUACCUCCUUGUCAGACGAGUUGGUAGUCGAAAAAGACCGCAUACUAAGAAUUAGUGCUGAUUUUGACAAUUUCAGGAAAAGGACAGAGAGGGAGCGGUUGUCACUAAUGGAAAACGUACAGGGAGAAGUUGUAGAGAACUUGCUGCCAGUUCUGGAUAAUUUUGAAAGAGCCAAAGCUCAGAUCAAGGCCGAGACAGAGGGAGAAGAGAAGAUUAAUAGUAGUUACCAGAGCAUUUAUAAACAGUUUAUGGAGAUUCUAACCUCCCUAGGUGUUGUAGCCGUUGAAACUGUUGGCAGUGCAUUUGAUCCCAUGCUUCAUGAAGCAAUAAUGAGAGAAGACUCGGCGGAGUUUGAAGAAGGGAUCAUAAUACAAGAAUUCCGUAAGGGUUUCAAGCUUGGAGAGAGGCUUCUGCGUCCAUCAAUGGUUAAGGUGUCAGCAGGGCCGGGACCUGCAAAGCCUAAAGAAGAUGAAUCCACUGAAUCAGAUGAAGGCAGUGGGGAAUUGGAACAAGAGAGUACCAAUGAAAGUAAGGAAGCUUAGUGGAAUAUCAAAUUUUGUAAGAUCUGUUACAUUAUCAUGGUUUGUGAGCUUUUAGAGACUUAGGAUAAAUGGCUAUUUGUUCUGUCCCUACUUGAUAGGAUCUUUCCUUCACACUUCUUGGCAUGAAAGUCUAAAUGGCAUGUUGUGAUGCGUACAGUAAAGAAAUUACUGUUAUGUUCAAAUUGAUUCAGGGAAAGCAUUCGAAGCAUGAAAGUUAUUAACUGA